GCAGUUUGGAUUAGCAGUGCACAGAUGGCUAGGCUAGGCUAUGGCCCGUCUUUUCUCCUUGUAAAUCAAUGUGCUAUAAAUGUGGGGAGCGGCACGUUGAAAUCCUACAAACAUGCAGUCAUUUUGACAUUUAUACCAUCGCAAACAAUUUACAAACUAUUGUAAGGAAUGCAUUGAUCUGUGUAGGUCAGGUAGUCUCACUCUCCAAGAAUACAGGUGCUCAGUAGACUGGUUGCAGUCAUUCGGCAGCGGCAUGAAGAGGCUUUGAAUGGUCUCCAGCACGAUGGACGUACACUUACCCAGCGUCAUCGCUAUCGCUGGACUUUCAUUGUUUCUGGCGAAGUUUCUGCACAUCGUGGUUACAUGGUGGCUUCAUCGGCGCUUUCUAAGGCAGCGAAUACCGGAGCCUUGCAAGGCCCACUGGCUUCGGGGACACGUGGUGGCGGACGACCGUCUCGCAUGGGACACCUAUCUGGGAUAUGCUCGAAAACUGCCGCGUAAGUUCUUAUGGCAUUUGGGACCUUUUACGACCGGGGUCUCAGUGUGCCAUCCGGACACCAUUGCAGAUGUCAUGGGAACGAAGUCAGUAAAACUUCCAUUAUCUGGAAGAGUUUUCCGCACGUGGCUUGGAAAUGGACUCCUGUUCACGGAGGGUAAGCGGUGGGCCCGUGAUCACAAGUUGAUCUCUAACGUGUUUUCGCCGGAUAUGCGCCGCGAGUAUGUGGAUUUCUACAAGGAAGCAGCAUUCAUCAUGCUUGAUCUCUGGGAGGAGCAGCUCCACAAGAGUGUGGAUGUGUCGCAGUAUUUUCCAAUGCUGACAUUUGACAUCAUCCUGCGGUGUGCUAUGGGUACGGAGACCAACUGCCAAACGGAAAGCGAUCCAAGCGCCCCUGCCCUGCGCUUUGCUGCUGCAUUGAGAGACAUCGUUGAGAUUAUCUUUGCGCGUUUCAAGCAGCCAUGGUUCUACUCGGAUUUCAUAUUCCUUCAUUCGCCAACUGGUCGUCGCUUCCGGAAGUUGCAUGCAGAAACACACAAGUUCAGUGAACAACUUAUCCGAGACCAACGGGCAUGUCUUCAAAAGGCCGAAGGUGAGAAUGAUGCGGGAAAUCCCAGGCACCGAGAUAUGCUCGACAUUCUACUGAUGGCAAGAGAUGAAGACGGUGUGGGAUAUAGCGACACGGAGAUCUGUGAGCACGUCGAAACGUUCCUCUUUGCGGGCCACGACACUACGGCCUCGGCCUUCCAGUGGAUCAUACACUAUCUCAGUCUAAACCGUGAUGUCCAAGAACACUGCCGUAAAGAAGUACUAGCCGUCUUGGAGAGAUGUGGUGGUUUGGACAACUUUGCUCAUGGGCACCUGGCUGACCUGGAGUACUUGACACAAACGAUUCAGGAGGUGCUGCGCUUGAGCAAUGUUAUCGCAUUUAUAGGGAAGACGAGCAAGGAUGCCUUUCAAGUGGAUGGUGUUAGGCUGCCUCCCGGUACUGGCUUUCAACUCAACAUGAUGGGAGUCCACAUGAACAAACAAGUCUGGACUGACGCGGACACAUUCAAUCCUGAUCGAUUCUCACCAGAUCAAAGCAGCACACGGAGUUCCUAUGCCUUCAUCCCUUUCAGCUGCGGUCCACGGGCAUGCGUCGGCAAGCACUUUGCCAUGGAUGAGAUGAAGGUGGUGAUGGCCAUGAUACUGUCCAAGUUCCGCUUAACGCCAGACCCUCACGCCAAGCAGCCUGCCUGGGUAAUGGCAAUGAUCGUCAAGCCAGAUCCCGGGGUACAUGUGAAAUUGGAGCUGGUCUGAACAUCACGUAGGUACACAUACACAGCUGUUUUUCAACAUGUGUUUUUUCAACACUUGCACUGCCAACAAGCCUUUCACGACUGCAUGUACGCGAGCUAAACCGGACACGUGCGCAAAGAGUGAACCGACGGUGCAGUGUGGAGAGGGAGUGCAUGGGUAAGAUGCCAGUUGGGCUACUUGCAUGACUGCUGUAUCCGUGCUGCAUUGCAGUAUCCGGCAGUAACUUGAACCUCUUUGCAGAGGUUCCUUUGAUUUCAAUACCUUUUCACACCUCUUAUUUCACACUUUGAGUAUCAAGCGCGCAGUCAUUUGUGCGCCACCUCUUAUUUCACUAUAAAAUAGGUGAUUAUUUAUUUUCCAGUCUUUCAACAACUCAACCUUCUCUGAGGUCUUAGUGACCGAAACAGCUGUCAGAAGGAUUAAAACGGCGCUAC